CCUCCCCUCCUCGUCUGGCCGCCCCGAGCGAAGCACCACCCACCUUCGUUUCUCCGACGUCGCCCCUCAAGGUUCCACGUCUUGGUAGAUCCUUGACAGAUCCUCAACCUCGCAUCUGGUUCUGCUGGUCUCCAGUGCAUCGAGAAAUCCAAGUUCCGUUCCAUCGGUUCUCGACUACCAAGCGUCCACUGCGCUGUCGCGUGGUGUUUGGACAAAGUCUACCUCAAUACCACUGUACACUUCGCUACACUAAAAAGUCGACGGUUCCUCCCUCCGUUUCCGUCACGACCGCCACCACUUGUCAGACCAUCCCGCCUGCCGCCGCCUGUCGAGAUACACCGUCGUAUUUUUAUUUUUAUUUUUUUCUUCCUUUUUUUUUGUUGUCCUCAUCUUCUCUUGCGAAAGACGCACCAUCUCCGAGUGCUCUCCGAUUGCCCAUCUCGGGUCUGCCUUCCACUUCUCCAAGUGUGUCCUGCACUCGACGCACUCGACGCACUCUUUUCCGCACGACCAGCUUUUUAGACCCCCCAUCGAUUCGCACCUUCUCGGCGCAUCCCGGUGGCCCUUCGUCAUUCCAGUAAUCCUCCGAGCUUCUACCCGUCCUGUCUUUCCGAUCAUGCCGCUCACCGCGCGCUAAAAGCUCCGGGACACUACUCUCUUCAACGACGAUCCGGAUAUUUCAACGUACCGAGCGCCGUUUCUUUGUCGACAUUCCGGAAAAAAAAAAACCCCUUCACGCGCGCCUCGCAGUACACGUCCCCAUUCAACCUACCUACAAAGAUCUGGCAAGGAAUUGGUCGCUCUACCGACCUGUUGGGAGCUCUGCAAGAUGGCGGCUAGCAAUACUAGUAGUGGUAAUCGGUCAAUGGAAUCCCGGACUGGGCGUACCAAGCAACGAUACAAUACGAAAGGCGAACGACUGGUUGCCGGCGUUGUCCCUUUGAGUGCGGACAAGUACUACGUCAUGUUGAUCCAGUCUACACGUCGAAAAGGUUGGGUAUUGCCCAAGGGCGGAUGGGAACUUGACGAGGAAUGUCACGAGGCUGCUGCCCGUGAAGCCUGGGAGGAGGCUGGUAUCGUGGUUCAGAUCAACUAUGACUUGGGUGAUAUUCAGGAUACCCGUCCUCCCAAGAAAAAUCCUCUCAAGGAGAAGGAGCGCUCGCUCUACCGAUUCUUCGAGGCCACCGUCACCAGCGAGGAGCCUGAGUGGCCCGAGAAGGACAAACGUGAGCGCAAGUGGUACACAUACGCUGAAGCCACCGAGUUGUUGAAAGAACGGCCGGAACUUCAAGCAGCUCUAGAUUUGUCGACGAUCAAGAGGUAGCCUUGGUACCGCCAUACUUGGGGGCGAUAGUGUCGCUCUCCGCUGUCUCGGGAGCAGUGUGUGCAAGGAGACAGUUCCGCGAAGGGGUACUGAGGCUUAUUGCUGACGUUCCGACUUACUGCGCCUUGAUCUUCCUACCAUAUGGGACUUCAAAGAGCAAAGCAACACAAUAUCUCUGGUAGUAGCGAGAGUCCAAAAUCCAUCCCAAUAUGGCGACCAUUUGGAUACAGCUUGGAGUGCGUCUUAAGUCCCCAGUUCUCAGCCAGCGCAAUCUUGUGUCUUGUUCUUCCCCAUGGUCUAUCUCUGCUUACCUCCCCGAGACGGUGCGCGCAGGUUAGCCUGGAUGGAACUGUAGCUGCUUCAGCAGUCGUUCUCGCUUAAGGUCGCAGAAGAUCGAUGCUUUCAUCAGCUUCGCGCGAAUAUUGAGAUACAUCGUUCGAAGCAACGGAUAACAUGGUUUUGACCGAAACUGGCCUGUUUGGGACGCAACCAAUGUUUCUUUGUCUUUUGAGAUUCAAAAUUUCUCCCCUUUUCUUCGUAUUUUAUCUGCAUUCAUGUCUGGGCGUUUACGGGAGGCCUAUAGAGUCGCAUUUGGUUCUCUUAUGUAAGAAUGAGCAAGAGAGAAGGGAAACAUUGGAUGGCUCUACUUGGGUUCGGUAGACUAUAGCGGCGUAGGUGGGCGGUGAUCUGAUGACUUUAUCCUAUCGGUACACACGCAAGGAAACAGCAGAACAUCAAGAAAGGAUAUUGCAAGACUUGCGAACAUCACGUCAACGGAUGUAAUAUCCUAACCCCAUUAUAUCCGCUCCGCCCUCGCUAUACAGGCUUCACAAGAGAUGAUGAAAGACGAAGAGCUGACGCUUACGCUCCCGUGCAAUGACUCAUCUUCUCUUAUCAACAGUCAUCCGAAGACUCGGUAGGCUAACUGUCAUUAUAAUCGCAUACAGUGCCCUUGUCCCCUUCUCUAGCUUCGCCGAGUCCGAAAGUAUUCAAGGCUUGGUAGGCAUGGUCAGACCAGUAUCACAUUCUAUAACACAGCUGCACGAAGAAUGAAUCUCAUCAUUCAUCCCUUGGACCAAAGACCAUCGAGGUAUAUGGUUCCGGGUUACUUGUCACACGGGCACACGGCUGUUUAUACACACGACGUUCGUCCGACUACGCGAGGUUCCAUUACAUCACUGACCUAGUUCAAGAACUUCAGAAAUACCGCGAGGGCAUGUAUGGGGACAUUGGAGGUUUAGCAUGGCUUCGGCUGGGGCUCGUGCCCGGUAUUUGAUAUUAGGAAGUCCUCUACCAUGAC